CCACUGCCUUAUUAUGCAAGGCUGCGCGCAACGGCCAGCUUGCUGCAUCACGACACUUGACCUGAUCAGCUCGGAAUCCUCAUUCUUUCAGCCACAACUUACUCAGCGUAUCGACGCGAUUUUUUUAAUAAACCCGUAUCAGAAGACUCGACUUGGAGCUGCGACGACGAUCUACGAAUAGUCCGUGGCGAGAUAGAACGCAGCAUGUUCAACGCGCUGAAUCGGUUUAUGUCCCGCCUGGACGGCGGCGAGCCACAGCAUCGGCAACACGAGCGCGGAUCAUUUGGCUUCCAGGUCCUGAGGAACACAAAUUUGCAGCUUGCGGUCGAACCAUGGUUUGACUUCAUCGUGGGGAUCAAUGGCAGACCGAUCGACGACCCGAACCCGAGUCUUUUCGCCCAAGAAGUACAGAACUGUGCCGGAGGGACUGUAACUCUGGGACUUUGGAAUGCCAAGGGUCAACGUACGCGAGAGAUGCAUGUCCCCGUCCCCAGCGACAGCGCCUCACUUGGCCUUUCCCUUCAAUACGCGCCAAUUGCACUCGCCGCAAACAUCUGGCAUGUCCUUGAUGUUGCACCAAACUCGCCCGCCGAUCACGCUGCCCUUCUGCCGUACAGCGACUACAUUCUUGGCAGCCCUGAAGGUGCUCUACAUGGCGAAGGCGCCCUUGGUGAGCUAGUCGAGGAUCACAUUGGGCGACCUCUCAGACUAUACGUCUACAAUAACGAAUACGAUGUGACGCGAGAGGUCACGAUACAACCAAGCAGAGGCUGGGGCGGAGACGGUGCGCUGGGAUGCGUUCUUGGCUACGGAGCUCUGCAUCGGCUGCCACCUCCGUUGAGUGAGCCGGUGAACGCGCCAGGAGAAACCAUGUUUGAUGGAGCCAACAACGAGAAGGCCGAAGGCGUCUCUGUAUCUGGGAACGCGUCUGCCCCGCCACCGCCAUCGGGGGGCGAGUUUCUCGUCCCCGCGCAGAUUGUUGGCUCAACGCCAUCCGCUCCACCGCGGACUGGGAAGAAGAAAGAGCGUCAUGGGCAUAGCCCCAACCAGCUGAUGGAUGACUACUUCAAGGAGGAGGAAGCCAAGAGUCGAGAAGUGGAUAAUGCGCCAACGUCGAAAGGCUCGGUGGUCCCGCCGCCGCCUAAAGCCUCUGGAGGCCCGCCAAAAGCUGAGCCCAGAGCUGCGGAGGCGGAAGGGGGUGGAAAUGAAUGAGUAUAUCACGAGACACGGCUAACCAGGAACCAAUAACGCCUAUCCCUAAUUUUCUUGCUUUCUGAUGCGUGGCAUAUAUCCUCCAAUUCUUGUUGUACAGGGCGAGCGCUGUCUCAUAUCCCACCAUCUCCGUCCCAUUGGAUCGACGACCGAAUCAUCUAGUUGAUGAAGUUGAUGCAGAAGAAAUGCAGGAUAAGACUGCAGACAAUGAAGUCGGCAAAGGCCCUGAUGAUACAGCAUGUCAGAAUCAUGGCACUGGCCGUUGAGUAUUGGAGAUAUUUCAGCCUACCGUUCGGGGGAUACUGCUGGGAAAUCGCUCUUGUUCGCCUCGCUUGUUUGGAUCCGUAAUGACACUGCAAGUUGCAUAUCAGCAUAAGCGGUUGCUAGCACGUAAUAGAGACGAGG